CAGAGGGAGAAGCAGGCUCCAUGCAGGGAGCCCGACGCGGGACUCGAUCCCGGGUCCCCAGGGUCACGCCCUGGGCUGAAGGCAGGUGCUCGACCCCUGAGCCCCCCAGAGGCCCCAGACGCGAGACGUUCACUUGAAGGCAUCACAUUCAGAUCUUACCCGAGAUUGAGGACAAAUCUUUAGGAGAAGAUGACGGUGUUCUUUAAAACACUUAGAAAUCACUGGAAGAAAACGACAGCUGGGAUCUGCCUGCUGACAUGGGGAGGCCAUUGGCUGUAUGGAAAACACUGUGACAACCUGCUAAGGAGAGCGGCCUGUCAAGAAGCUCAGGUGUUUGGCAAUCAACUCAUUCCUCCCAAUGCACAAGUGAAGAAGGCAACGGUGUUUCUCAAUCCUGCAGCUUGCAGAGGCAAAGCCAGGACUCUAUUUGAAAAAAAUGCUGCCCCGAUUUUACACUUAUCUGGCAUGGAUGUGACUGUUGUUAAGACUGAUUAUGAGGGCCAAGCCAAGAAACUCCUGGAACUGAUGGAAAACACAGAUGUGAUCAUUGUUGCAGGAGGAGAUGGGACAUUGCAGGAGGUUAUUACUGGAGUUCUUCGAAGAGCAGAUGAGGCUUCCUUCAGUAAAAUUCCCAUUGGAUUUAUCCCACUGGGACAGACCAGUAGUUUGAGUCAUACCCUCUUUGCUGAAAGUGGAAACAAAGUCCAACAUAUUACAGAUGCCACACUUGCCAUUGUGAAAGGAGAGACCAUUCCACUUGAUGUCUUGCAGAUCAAGGGAGAAAAGGAACAGCCCGUGUUUGCAAUGACUGGCCUUCGAUGGGGAUCCUUCAGAGAUGCUGGCGUCAAAGUUAGCAAGUACUGGUAUCUUGGGCCUCUUAAAACCAAAGCAGCUCACUUCUUCAGCACCCUUAAGGAGUGGCCUCAGACACAUCAAGCCUCAAUCUCGUACAUGGGACCUACAGAGAGACCUCCCAGUGGAGCAGAAGAGACCCCUCCACGGCCAUCUUUGUACAGGAGAAUAUUACGAAGGCUCGCAUCGUACUGGGCACAGCCGCAGGAUGCCCUUUCACAAGAGGUGAGCCCCAAGGUCUGGAAGGAAGUGCAGCUGUCCACCAUUGAACUGUCCAUCACAACGCGGAACAGUCAGCUUGACCUGACGAGCAAAGAAGACUUCAUGAACAUCUGCAUUGAACCCGACACUGUCAGCAAAGGAGACUUCAUAACUAUAGGAAGCAAAAAGGUGAGGGACCCCGAGCUGCGUGCGGCCGGCACCGAGUGUCUCCAGGCCAGCCAGUGCACUUUGCUGCUUCCUGAGGGAACAGGGGGCUCUUUCAGCAUCGACAGCGAGGAGUAUGAGGCGAUGCCGGUGGAGGUGAAGCUGCUCCCCCGGAAGCUGCAGUUCUUCUGCGACCCGAGGAAGAGGGAACAGGUGCUGCCUGGCGCGGCCCAGUGAGCUGGCCGCCCCCACCCUGCACUUUAGGCCUCGGUGGGACCAGCAGGCGCAGCCUGCCCUGUCUGCCGUUGUCGCAGGAUCCCAGGGGACCUCCGUGGCAAGUACUCCCCCCCACAGCCCCCCCAGAGCAUGUGCAGCCUCCGCCGUCACCCUCACCCCUCGUCUACCGUGGUUUUCCAGGCAGGUCUGGGAGAGGCCCCCAUGCCCUUGGCUGCGAGAGGGCCUCCCCGGCCUCACCCCGGUUUUGUCCCUGCGCCCUCCUGGGACUUCAGCGCCUUGCCCGCCCUCCGCACCUCCGUCCUCUUUCCAGGCUUCCCCAUUGGUGCAGUGACUUUCUGGGCUCGGACGCAAAUUUAGCUUGUUGGCAGUUCACCCUCCAUCCUAAAGACACGCGCGGCGUUUCCGUCUUCAGCCCGGGCUGAAAAACUAUAAAAGGCCAGUUUGUAUUAUUUUUUAAAGUAGCGCUUAAGUAUUGGUUUGCAUGAGAAGCACCUGGGUGCAUGUUGACAACGGACUUGGGGUUCACCCCAAACCUAGUCACUCGGCCUGGGGACAGGGCCCAGGAAUCUCCAUUUCUAAAAGAAAAAAUAAAAGCAGGCACCCUCCCCCAGGUGCUUCUACUCCAGGAGGUGCCCCCAGCGUCACCUGCCAGUGUUGUACAGCAUACCACUCCCUCUUCUGCUCAUGCACCCCCCCCCCGAAAAGGAUUUUGAAAGAUCAUGUAUCCCCUCACUUUCUAGAUAUCAACAUAAGAUGUUGCCAAAGUAUGUCUUUCCUUGUGUCAUGUAAAUAUUAUUUUAAAAUAAAACUGUUAUAUCACUCUUUUAAACAUA